UGGGGAAACUGAGAGUGAGGGGUGAGCAACGCUGCAGCUUGAAGCAUUCUGCCGACAGCCGAUAGACGAUGUGCGUCUCAAUCAGCUAUAUACAGCUAUCGUCGAGCCUUAAAAUGGCCUCGUCCAGCUUUGAACAGAAGUCGAACAGACAAAAUGGGUAAACGACCGAAUUUCCUCGUUAUCGUCGCCGAUGAUCUGGGCUUCUCCGACAUUGGCUGCUUCGGCAGCGAGAUCCGCACGCCGAACAUCGAUAAGAUAGCUCAGCAGGGCGUGCGGUUUACGGAUUUCCAUGCCGCCGCUGCUUGUUCUCCAACGCGCGCCAUGAUUAUGACCGGAACAGAUCACCAUAUCGCCGGUCUAGGCAAUCUGAUCGAAUGGACCAACAUUUCAGGCCAAAACGGUCCCAAGGGCUCGAGCACGGAUACGGCUCCCCAGCGGGGUAUGCCCGGAUACGAGGGAUAUCUGAACGAACGCGUUGUCGCCCUCCCCGAAAUCCUGCGCGACGCCGGUUACCAUACCCUGAUGUCUGGAAAAUGGCAUCUCGGCCUAACGCCGGAGCGUUCGCCUUACAAGCGCGGGUUCGACCGCUCCCUUGCUCAUCUUCCAGCCUGCUCGAAUCACUACGCCUUUGAACCGCAGCUCCAGGGCAACGAUGAUACCCCGACAUUCCUUGAGGCGAGCUAUAUCGCGUUGCAUAUGGAGGAUGACAAGUACGUCCGCAAAUUGCCGGAGGGAUGGUAUUCGUCCGAUGGAUACGGUGACAAGCUGCGCGAAUACCUGUCAGACUGGCAUAAGAACAAGCAGGCGGACGAGGACAAGCCGUUCUUCGCCUACCUCCCAUUUACUGCCCCACAUUGGCCCCUCCAGGCACCCCGUGAAUACAUCAAUCACUACCGCGGUGUAUACGACGACGGUCCAGACGCUCUACGGCAGAAACGCCUCGAACGCCUAAAGGCCCUCGGUAUGAUUCGACAAGACGUCGAAGCCCACCCCGUCGUCGUCGACGAAGGCGAAGGCAAGCCCUGGGAAACCCUAACCCCCAACGAGAAGAAACUCUCCUGCCGUGCAAUGGAAGUCUUCGCCGGGAUGGUCGAAUGCAUCGACGCCAACGUCGGCAAAGUCGUCGACUAUCUCUCCUCAAUUGACGAACUCGAGAACACCUUCGUCUGCUUCAUGUCCGACAACGGCGCGGAAGGCGCCGCCUACGAGGCCUAUCCGCUCGUCCAAAGCGGCGUCCUCCCCCACCUCCUCAAAUACUACGACAACAGCUACGAGAAUCUAGGAAACGGCAACUCCUUCAUCUGGUACGGCCCACGCUGGGCGCAGGCCGCUACCGCCCCGUCCCGCCUCUACAAAGCCUACACAACAGAAGGCGGCGUCCGCGUGCCCUUCCUCGCGCGCUUCCCCUCCUCAAUCUCUACAUCGCCCAACGCCCAAGGCGGCGCCAUAACCGACCAGUUUGCAACAGUUAUGGACCUCGCGCCCUCAAUUCUCUCCAUGGCCGGCGUCACCCACCCAGCACCGCACUACAACGGCCGCGAAGUCGUCCCCAUGCGUGGGAAAUCCUUCCACGCCUGGGCGACCGGCUCUGCAGACCGCAUCCACGAAAAGGACUUUAUUCAGGGCUGGGAAACCUGCGGCCGCGCAGCCCUCCGCUUCGGCGACUGGAAGAUCGUGUAUAUCCCUAAACCCAAGGGUCCCGAGCGCUGGCAGCUGUAUAACCUGGUCGAGGACCCCGGUGAGGUGCAUGAUCUCGCUGAGAAGGAACCGGAGCGGCUGGCGAAGCUGCUUAAGCUCUGGGAUCAGUAUGUUAUUGAGACGGGCGUAAUUCCGUUGAAUCCAGAUCUUGGGGAGUUCUUGGAGGCGACGGAGGCGCAGAUGCCAGAGAACGCGUGGAUGGAGUAUGAUUAUUGGAAGAAGGGGGCUAGAGAUGAGCCUGAGAAGUUUAUGCGCAGUCCGCCGAGGUUCCAGAGAACAGUCAAACAGUUCUAAACCUCGGAAGUCCUUAUGUCUCUAAAGGCAUAUCCGUAGCAAAGAGGAAAGUGCUCAAAUAACGAAUUACGGCAUCAUUCUUUGAUUCUCUCUGGAGUACAGUCUACGUAUUAAUAUUUUAGAUAUAUCUCACAUCGCAACAUCACUCAUAUCAUAACAAAAAAGUCCGCAAAAAGCUCCUGCCGCACACACUUCGAAUCCGCCCACGUCCUCGACGUAUCCUGCCUUCUCAUCAUCUCCUCAAGCAACACCAGCGCCUUUCCCACGUUCGGAUGCCGACCUGCUCCAGUAGUUUCCAUUCCCAUCCCAGUCCCGCCCCCCAGCUCACGUUGAGGUGUCGAAGCCGCCAUCCUGUGCAAUGCACCCAUAAUCCAACUGCGUUGCUCAAUCGAUCCUUCCAAUGCAGCAAUGAAUAGCGGCCAGACGAACCCUAUCGGGACGGUUCCGCCGGCACCCACUUCCCCAGUAUUAUUGAUAUUGUUAUUACCACCUGGUGGGCGAUUGGCCUCCUCCUUCGCAAGCCAAAUGAUCUGAUCCACAGCGCGAUAUACGUGGUCUGUCCGUGGGUAUAUCGCAAAUGCUACUCGAUGCAGGUAUACGAACAGAGCGAGGAAGUUCGCCACAUACGUUCUGAAUGUGCGCACGAUGCUCAUCGCUACAUUGGGUGCGAGGAGCUCGUGCAGCUUGUUCCCCUCCGCACCCGUUGAUGAGUAAAUGUCCAGGAUGGGGGGCCGGGAGUUCCAAAGAGAUUCAAGGUCUGCGGAGACGGUAUGUGCGAUUUGGAGAACUUCGAAUUCGUCGGAUACUGUGCCACGUGUGCGGUGAUGGAGGUCGAUGACGACGAUCCUGCGGGUGAGUUGUUGGGUUCGUAGGAAGAAGGUGAAUGCGGGGAGGGUUAUUGAGGAAGUUAUUAGGUAGGUUGGUACUGUGAGGAGAGGAUCAGGAUCUCCGUUGUGAACUUCUUCGACUUCGUUUGGCUGGGGCAAGUUCGUGGUGGCGGUGUCCUUGGAUGAUUUGGGCGUGAUCAUGCCCAUCUCAGCGAGAGGGUCGCCAUCGCGGCCGGCGACUAGGGCUUUUAUGUCCAGAAGGGAGACCCAGGAGGCGAUCAGGUGAGCGGAGCCAGUCCAGCUGGUUGUGCGGUGGUGGAAACGAUGGAGGAGUAGGUAUGCUGUGUGUAGAAAGGGUGUUGCAGGGCGCCAACCUUCAGGGGAAAUGAGCUGAUUUGGACGUCAGCAUACACUGGUCAUAGAAGAAAUGUCCCGGAAACGCACCUCAGCUAGCAUGAGCAGCAAAACACUUGCAAACACUCUCUUCAGCAAGGAUUCGCCCAUCUCCCCGAGUAGACAGGCCUGAAUUUUCUCACUGGCCUGGGCAUGAUAACCCGGACCGAACUUCCAUUGCGUUUCAUCGAUCCAUGACUUGUGCAUAUCCGAGUAGCAGUAAAUUGCUAGCAAUAAAGCCUGGCAGUCAUCCGACUGCGCAAGCAUUAUAUCCCUCACGUAUCCCCAUUCCAGAUCGACAGGUCCGAAGAUCGUAGGUGGAGGUUCGCUCUCCCGGAAAUACUCAAGCAAUUGCUCCUCCCAGAUCCCUCCACCACUUAAAAUUUGUUGCGGAGAGCCCAUUUCUGUCUCCGGUAGGGCACCCAUAUCCACCAUUUCAUCAGGACGCCACGCCAUUUGUCGCUCGUCCUGG